AUGCUUUUGAUGUGGCUUCGCAUACUGGCCGUCCUGGGGUCGGUCUCGCUGGUGGCUGCUGCUCCUGUAUCGCCGACCAGUCCUGCUCAGGAGCUGACAGGUGAGGUAGCGGGACAAGGAGUCAACCCUCCCGUUGCAGACAGAGCGCUGGUUGCCAAAAUCCCGAGGCUGCAAGAACUACCGGUGCCGCCGCCUCGCAUUCGGCUCAAGGUAGGAACGCGCUCGAGCGUGCAGCACGUUGUUCCUGCGUCCAGUCUCCGGUCAGACACGUGGCUAGACCGGAUGCGUGGCUGGGGCAAGCCAACGGUGUCGACCAACAAGGGCAUGUCGGACCUCCUGCGCUAUCGCGCGCAGAACUUCCUCGACGUUCAAGGCGUCCGCGACAUGACGACGGGUCUGCCGCGCGUCGACGACCGCGAGAUCGUCCGCCUCAAGGGAGGCAUCUACGACGACGCGGCCAUCUCGGCCAUGAUCAAGCGGCGCAAGCAAUUUUAUGUCGAGAACGGGCAAGGCAAGAUCUGGUCGUUUAGACCCGCUGACGUGGACGGCAAUCGCUUCACUUGGACGGACAACCUCGGUGCAGCUAGGCGAGAGGGCGUGCUGAAGGCGCUCAAGACGAGCCCGGGAGAGGUGGCAGGUACGGCUGGACAGGUGGCCCGCACCGCCACUAGCGCCGCUCGAUCGAAUGGCUCCUGGAUAUCUCGUCUCGCCGAGGGGUCGAGGGGCUUUUGGGGUAGACUCUUGUCGCCCGUGAAGUACGUCCGCGGCGCCUAG